AUGGGUUCUGAACACACCUCCCUCCGCCAUGAAGACUACAAAAUCGCCUGCAUCUGCCCGAUGGGCGUCGAGCAAGCACUUAUCGAAGCCAUGCUCGACGAUUUUCACUACAAUCUACCUAUGCCACAUAACCUUGGCAACUACGCAAUGGGCCGCAUGGGCCAGCACAAAGUGGUCGUCGCCCACCUCUCGCAAGCGGGAAACAAUAGCGCAGCGUCAGGCGCCGUGCAACUCCUCAACGACUUCCCACGUCUUCAAUCGAUCAUGCUGAUAGGGAUCGGAAGCGGAAUCCCCGAUCUGGACAGGCACGUGGACAUCCGACUGGGCGACGUGGUGGUCAGCAAACCCACAGGGGUGUUUCCAGGAGUGGUCCAGUUCGACCGAGGCAAGGUCCUCUCCGGGGGCCGCUUUGAGCGGACGGGGGCGUUGCAUCUUCCCCCGAACGGGCUGCUGGCCACCGUGGCAAGACUGGAGGCACGGCAUCGGCGCGUGGAUAGCAAGAUGUCGUGGUACCUCGAGGGAAUGCUGCACAGGCUUCCUGAGGAACAUCGUGCGAAGUACCUCUAUCCGGGAGCGGACGAUGACCAGCUUUUUAGGGCCGAGGUGAAUCAUGCUUCUGGAAGCGGCUGUGGAGAUUGUGAUCCAGCGGGAAUCGUAUUACAAAGAAGCCGGGAGGAUUCCGGCCCAGUGGUGCACUACGGGACGAUCGGCUCGGCGGAUGUUGCGGUCGAGAAUGGUCAAUUGAGGGAUCAGUUGCGGGAUAAGCUGGGAAUACUGGGCGUCAAUAUCGAGGCUGCCGGGGUGGCGGGCACAGUCUCCUGUCUUGUGAUCCACGGUGUGUGUGACUAUGCGGACUCGCACAAGAACAAGCGGUGGCAGCCUUAUGCAGCUGCCGCAGCAGCGGCAUAUAUGAAGGAGUUGGUGUCUAUGAUUCCGGUCCCUGACACGAAGUCGGUAGAGAUGAGAGAUGCUAAGGUUGAUGCUACUCGGGAGCCAAGCAAGCUUGCGGACGGGGUUGUGGCUCGGGAUGUGGUAGGCCUCAGGCUGUGGGUACUGACGUGCCUCAUCGAAGGUGACGAGGAGAAUGGGUACUGA